AUGUUUUCAGCAAAAGCAGUGGUGGGUAUUAGCGUAGUGCUUGACAUCGAGAAGUCUACUUUGGGCUUGAUCCUGUUGUUGCAUCAGAAUGGGAUGUGGCUGGCUGCGCUGAUCAUCUUGGUUUACUCUGUUCUGAUGCCGUUUGCGAAGCUUCUCGUGCUCAUCAGCUACGCCCACCCAGCCCUGAGAGUGAAUGGGCUUGCUUCGCCUGGCGCGGUGAGGGCAGUGCAGAAGAUUUCGAAGUGGGCAGCUGUGGACGUCUUCACCGCUGGAACCAUUUGCGGCUUGUUCUGUCAGCCGCACCUGUACCUCGAGGCACCGGACCUUUCUGAUGAAAUGAAGCUGCAUGAUGGAUUCUACUACUUCAUGGGCUACUGUGCCCGGCGCCCGGAAGUUGGCCAGAUUUUGGAUGAGAGGAAGUACCAUGGGCGAUCUUACUUCGUAUCACAGAAAAAGAACCAGCACCGGCAGUGCGAGUCCAGCACUGCAACGGUAUCAGGGAAGACUUCCUGUGGUGGUCAAGAACCGUAUGACGUGUAG